CAUUCAUUUGCAGAGAGGGGGAAGCUCAAGUCUACAUAAAGAGGAGUAGGCGGUGCAUCAGAAAGGGCUUCCCAGUUUCAUGUACAGAGACAACUGACUCUUUUUACCGUGGAAAUAACAUAGUUUUUAUAAUACAGGAGACUAUAAGAUCAACUCAGUGAAGAAAUGUCCAAACUGUUUCGGGCGGUUAUCUUGGGUCCACCAGGCUCAGGAAAAGGGACCAUCUCGGAGAGAAUUGCGCACAGUUUCGGACUCAAAUAUCUAUCCAGUGGAGACUUUGUUCGAGAAAACAUCGCUGCAAAUACUGAAGCUGGUGUUUUAGCUAAGAAGUAUAUUAAUAAAGGAUUGCUUGUGCCAGACCAUGUCAUGACUCGCCUUCUACUGCCUAGAUUGGAAGAGAUGACCAAAUAUAGUUGGCUGAUGGAUGGUUUUCCUCGAACUCUAGCUCAGGCCAUUGCCCUGAACAGUACCUGUGAUCUAGAUGUAGUCAUCAGCCUCAACAUUCCUCUGGAAACACUUAAGGAAAGACUGCGUCAUCGCUGGACACACCCACCCAGCGGGAGAGUGUAUAACAUGUGCUUCAAUCCCCCCCGAAUCCAGGGUAUAGAUGACAUUACGGGGGAACCACUGAUUCAGCAGGAAGAUGACAGACCAGAAGCUCUGGUUGCCAGACUGAGACACUACAAAGAUGUUGCAAAACCUGUUAUAGACUUGUAUAAGGCUAAAGGCAUCCUGUACACAUUCUCAGACACAGAGACGGAUCGGAUCUGGCCAAAUAUCAGCACACUCCUGAGCACAAAGAUCCCCAUUGUCCAAUCAGAUGCCCGAUGUGCAUCAACUCCUUGAGGAUGUCAGACUCUGUCAUAUGCUAUGGUUAUAUGCAUAUGGCUUUUAGUAUGUGAGACAUUCCACAACAAUUCAAUAAUGUGUCUAAAAGGACCUUUAUUUAUAUCCAUUCCUGUCUGUGGUGUUUGCCCAAGACAGAUUUCUUAAUAGUGUUGCAAUGUUAUCAAACACGGUUUAAGUCAGAAUGUUGCAAUUAUCCUGUAUUUUACAAGCUCCAUAACUAUAGGAUGUCAUAAUAUACCUUUUUAAAGAAAUGUUUAUCUCUUAAUGAAAUGUGGUAUUGUUAGGUGUUGUCGGCGCAAGGCCUUAUUUGACUGUGUUUAAAAACAAUGUUGAUCUCAAAACUUGUAUCACUGUAGCUAUGAUAAUCAUACAAGAUUAAUUUCACAUAUAUGUAUAAUGUGAUGGAAUAGCUUUUAUAUCAUACCAAAUGCUUUGUAAACUUGUUUGUGAACUUUUUUCUAAGAAGAAAUGCGGGAAUUGCUGUUGGAAAUCAGAUUUGCAUUUUUAAGAGCUGUAUUUAAGAAACCUAGAGGCAGUAGAGAAACUGAUGUUACAGGAUCAUGUAAAGUAACCAUUUGCAAUUUAUUAACAGUGUUAUUUCAUUAGCAUCUUAAUUGAUAAAGACAAUUCAUCAUGAACUGAUUUCUUUACUGACCAUGGAAUCAAAUUAGUCUCAAAGAAAGGGUAAAGGUUCUCAGAAUGUUUGUAUACAUGACUUUAUAUGUGAAGCAUCUGUCUCUCUCUCUGUCUCUCUCUCCCUCCCUCCCUCUCUCUCUCUCUGUAUGUGUGUCUCAUUUUAAAUGUCUGCCAGCCUUGUACUUUAACCAAAAAGGGGUGAAGAAAAGACUAAUCUUCACACCCUCCUGUUGUGCAAUACCACAAAGAGGAAUGUACAAGCUGUAGUUUUCUUCUCCAAACUAAAUAAAAUUAUUUUCUCAAAAAAA